UCUACACUCGGUGUCCACAAGACGAGGGAAGGGCCAACCUUUGGAAAUAUCGUGUUGCAUCACUUUGGAGUAACAGACUCGGUGAUAAAUACCUGCAGACUUCCUCCACAGCCAUACUGGGACUUUACCUGUCAAUGUGGACUGGUGCAGAAUCCGGAUAGAAAGACUAGAAAGCAGCAGCUGAUUGUAACAUUUGGCUCUGCAUAAAGAACAGAAAACGUCCCAAGAGAGCCGAAAGAAGAAGAAGAAGACGCCACAAUGGGAAACUGGAUCGUCAACCACUGGUUCUCUGCUGUAGUUCUGUUUGCCUGGUUGGGAUUGAACAUCUUCUUGUUUACUUAUUACUUCUUAAUAUAUGAAAAAGGGAAGUCAUUUGCCUAUACAAGAUUUAUACUGGGGUCUGCUCUGGCGUGGGCUCGAGGAUCUGCCGCUUGCCUCAAUUUUAAUUGUUUGCUCAUCCUGUUACCCGUCUGCAGAAAUCUCUUGUCGUUUUUGAGAGGGACCUUCUCAUGCUGUCGACGUUCAGUGAGGAAGCAGCUUGAUCAUAAUAUUGCUUUCCAUAAGCUUCUGGGUUAUACCAUUGCCCUUAUGACAGCUAUCCACACCAUUGCACACUUGUUCAACGUUGAAAGAUUUUACAAUGCUGCAAUAUCUAAGAACACCACCCUUGAAGGAAUGUUAUCGAGCAUUGAUGAUGACUGGGUCAACCCUGUCAGAUCCGAGAAACAGACCCAGUUAUAUAUCUGCUUUACCACCAUUGCCGGAGUUACGGGUGUGGUGAUCACACUGGCUUUGAUUUUAAUGAUUACGUCCUCUACGGAGUUCAUUCGAAGAUGUUACUUUGAAGUUUUCUGGUAUACGCAUCACCUCUUUGUCAUCUUCUUCGCCGGGCUCCUGAUUCAUGGAGUAGGGCGUAUAGUGAGAGGACAAACGCCUGAUAGCAUGGAGCACAAUGACUAUGAAUCCUGCCAUGAUAAAUUUACGACGUGGAAGGUAAAACAUGGAGGAAGCAGCGAUGAUGAUGAUGAUGAUGAUGAUGAUGAUGAAUGCCUCAUGCCCAGUUUUCAGGGCAACGAACCUAUGACCUGGAAGUGGAUCUUGGCACCAAUAAUCUUAUAUGUUUUUGAAAGACUUCUGAGAUUUUAUCGUUCACAACAGAAAGUUGUUGUCAUAAAGACUGUCAGUCAUCCGUCCAAAGUCUUAGAAAUCCAAAUGAAAAAACGUGGAUUCAAAAUGGAAGUUGGCCAAUACAUAUUCAUCAACUGCCCAUUGAUUUCAACCCUGGAAUGGCACCCGUUUACUCUCACCUCUGCCCCAGAAGAAGACUUCUUCUCUGUACAUAUCCGAUCUGCGGGGGACUGGACAGAUAGACUCAUUCAAGUUUUUAAGGACCAAGAUCAGAAAACGCCUUGUCUGAAGGUCGAUGGACCAUUCGGGACGGCCAGUGAAGACGUCUUUAAGUACGAUGUCAGCAUUCUAGUAGGGGCCGGGAUCGGGAUCACGCCCUUCGCCUCCAUCCUGAAAUCCAUAUGGUACAAGUUUCAGCGUGAAGAUGAAAGGCUGAAAACCAAAAAGAUCUAUCUGUAUUGGAUCUGCCGGGAGACCGGAGCCUUCGCCUGGUUCGCUGAUCUUCUACAUUCCCUGGAACAAGAGAUGACGAGCUCCGGGAAGGACGGAUUCCUCAACUAUCGACUCUUCCUGACCAGCUGGGACAGCAGCAUUGCUGGACACGCGAUUAUUAACUUUGAUGUGGAAACGGACGCGGUGACGGGGCUGAAACAGAAAACCUGUUAUGGACGACCGAUCUGGGAGAACGAGUUUUCACAAGUGUCUGAUGCACAUCCCAGGUCUACCGUUGGCGUGUUCCUUUGUGGCCCCCAAGCGCUGGGGAAGAGCCUACAGCAGUGCUGCCAUCAGUUCUCCAGUAUGGACCCCAGAAAAGUUCAAUUCUACUUCAACAAGGAGAACUUCUGAGUUGGAAUGAUGGACAAGCGCGGUGACGGGGGGCUGGAGUGCUGGAAGACACGGCGACAUAGAACAGAUAUGAAGGGACACAAACACGUGUCAGGAGUGAUGGAUUCCUCUGGAAUAGAAAACAACUCGGGCUUCUGUCUUUCCUUCUGGUUUCCCGGUCUCCUCCGGAAAGAGAUGAAGACUUGGCAGUUCCUGUCCUGACUUUUCAUCUAAAGUGUGCGCCAAUUCCCCUGAUGUCAGUCAUAUGGCGGGGAUCAGAAAUGACCUGCUUACAGAAUGGAAUAUUAUUUAUAAUAGUAGAGCGCAUCCUCAAAAAUGUUACACAGCCUCACAACCAAGACAUUAGAUAUGAUACAGGAUCCCAUCCCGUGGCUAGCGGCGGCGAGGGAUCUCGCCUCCCGUGGCUAGCGGCGGCGAGGGAUC